AGUUUGAUCCUGGCUGGUUUUCCCAGUUGGACAGUAUACGAGCGUAGUAACCAGGCCAGGGGAUGAUCACCUGGAUGUUGGUCUCUGCAUGGACCUACCUGCGGAGUAUCUCUCAUAGAUGUCGCACGAACUACAGUGUAAGUCCUUGCUGCUGCAACUGUGCUGGGGUGGGCUAAAUCAGAGAUUGAAAGAGCGAAGAUGAGCAAACUCUCAAUACGCCCGUGCACAGCUCUGUUGACGAGGCGAACCAUCUAGACCGUCUCUUCUGUCAAGUUUUGGAACGAUGACGCUUUUUUCUGCGCUGGAAUCGGAUGACUGGUUAUCGAUUGGUGAAUUGGAAUUGGAAUUGGCUGGUGGCAGUGGUGGGUGCAAAGAGAAGUACUUAGACAAACCAAUCUAAGGACAGGUGACGGUGGCUAUGUCGUCUGUCUCUCAAAGGAUUUGCUGUGGAAGAAAAGGGAAUUCCAGUGGCUUUCUGGAGAACUUGACUUUUGCCUUGCCCAGCCAGGAGAUGGUAUUGGGGUACAAGUUGUUUGCUUGUUGAAAGACAGGCCAGUCUAUUUGGGCUAUUCAGAGUGCUGGUCUCCAGUUCCAAGAGAUGGAAAAUUCAUGGAGUUUUUUCAAGACCAAGGCGAAGAUGGAACACUACUAGUAGGGUUAUUUUUUGCAAGGCAGGCCUACAUGCUCAACAAGCAUUAUCUGUAUCUAUCAUGCAGUGGACGCCAAUGCAAUGAACUUGCAGAUUCUCUCAGCGAGGUGUAACACUAGUAGUAGGGUUAUUUUUGGAAUUUUCUCGGUUCUGGGCCCUAGCCCAGGAUUGACACAGGCCUAGUCCCUACGGGGACUGUUCUGCAAAUACUGAAUUUCCACUAUGGUAUGGACUGGUCCUCCAGUUACUCGGGACCAUAGGCCCGUUUUUUGGUCGGCUAGGUUCGGUAUGUCCAAGUCUGGUAGGCUGUUGGGUAGGAUCUAGAAAUAGCUUGGAUUCAACGACUGUCGCACGUUUUUUGGUCAGCUAGGUUCAGUAGGUCCAAGUCUGGUAGGCUGUUGGGUAGGAACUAUAAAUAGCUUGGAGUCAAGGAGUGUCGGGUUCUUUUCUUCAGCUGGAUUUUGGGAUCGAGAGUGGGAUGCGCUGUUUUGAGCGUCGAAGUGGGAAGCCGCCAUGCUUGAGGGAGCUGCGCCAUAGCUGCUGCCGAGCGAAGCAGGGACUGCAAAGCAGCGCUGAAGCUUGAACUUCAGCCGCUGAUGUGAUGGCCAUGACGCUGUGCUGUUGGGGUUAGGCGCUGCCAUUUAUCAAUUUUCACCUUCUAGGCAGCAGAUCUUCGCCUUUCUUUGGUUGCAGAGAAGUCCUUCUUCGUCCAGGGUGCUGGCGCUGCACUCCCUGGAUGGGUGGCAUUGGGUGCUGAUCAGGCGCCACUUUUGCUGCUUCAUUCCUGAUUGCCGCUUGUGGAUACUUCAGGAGCGCUUGGUGGUCUGCAGCUUGCGGGCGACGGUUGCCAUAUAGCCAGGGGUGCUGUAGAGGUGAUGGUGGAGGUUGGAGAAGGCUCCUGCUAGUUCGAUGAAGUUUCGUUGAAUUUGUGCGGGGUUGCUGAAACACGGUUGGGAUUCUUUGAAUUUUGUUUAUCUGAUUGAUCGGAGGAGGAAAAGGGGGGGAAUGAGAACUGAAGUUUCGUCUUUAAUUCGAUUGUUGCUUCAAUUCGAUUGUUGCAUAUUUUUUUAGCUUCUACUGUGUACUUCUCUCCGGUUUUGUGAUGGAUUUGCCGCCUCCAAGUCUGCGGUAUCAUUGCAUGCGUGUAUGGGAACGUGUGAGUGACUUGUGGAUGGAUUUUCAACCAGUUACAUAAGACCAAUAUGUAUCAUCGGGAUCCCUGUUCAAUUUCGUCACUGUUUCGAAUGUGGAAUCUUUUAAGGAUGCCUCCCGGUCAAUGGUCCAGCAGAAGUGCGGCAUCCAGUUUGCCUCGUCAGAACGGGGUGGUAGGGGUUCGGAGGGGUAGAAGUGCUGCGGUUGUUGUGUUGGAGGACUCAGGUGAUGGGGACGCAAAUGGAAUUGGAAUUGGAACUGGAAUUGCAAAUGGAAAUGGAAAUGGAAAGGACAUGAAUCGUAGAAUGGAGAAAGGGGGGGCUCUGGGGACAUCGACAGCGACAGGCAUGAUGAAGGAGUCGUCGGCGAAAAAGAAGGGGGGCGGUUCAGGAUCGGGAGCAGGAUCCGAGCUAGGGUCGGAACCAGGAUCAGAACCGGGAACAGGACCAGGAGCAGGACGCCACAAAGGAAGUCCCAGCGGCGUGGCCAAAGGUCUCCCGAUGAUGUGGCCCACUCAACGCACCGGCUAUGUAACACCCAAGAAGAAAGAGCGAGUGACUCGAGCGAAGAAGAAAGCAAUCAGCGGCUCGCGGAGAACUGCACGGAAGACCAAUGCGUUUCAGCCUUCCUUUGCCACCCAUAUUCGGAGAGUCCUCAAACAGGUUCAUCCGAAUCUAUCAAUUACGUGUGAUGGGAUCGACAUAAUGAAUGAUUUUCUAAUUGACAUAUUUGAGAGAAUCGCCGGAGAAGCUGCACUUCUUAUCCGUGUUCAUAAGAGGUGCACCCUCACUUGCCGCGAGAUCAUGGCUGCUGUGCAACUUGUCCUCGGGGGAGAGCUUUCCAAGCAUGCGAUCCACCUGGCAACAGAGGUUCUCACCUUAUUCAGUCAAUGAUUGUCCAAAGUUGAAAACUGAUAUCCUUCUGCAUUUGAGAAGCCAUCAUGGUCUCUCUCUCUCUCUCUCUCUCUCUCUCUCUCUCUCUCUCUCUGUGUGUGUGUGUGUGUGUGUCUUGUAUGCGCGUGCGCCAUGGUCCUGCACACCCAGACCCACACACAAUCUUUGUGUGUGUGUGUCUGAAACAAACAUGCAAACACACUCUCGUAGCCAGUCGCUCACUUCCUCUGUGGCUCUCUUUUCCUUGUUCGGAUCGCACAUUUGGCCACUUGUACCGUGGAGAAGAGGCAUGUGGAAGUUUGGGUGUGCCCGUCAUGUGAAGCAAUGUACAUAGUCCACUAUGAAGGUGCUAGGUUUAAGAGAUGAGAUGGUAGACACUGUAUGAUUUUCCAGUAGUAUCUUGGGAAGCUUAUAUUUGAAAAUGGGGCCUGGCCUGUAGAACAGCCUGGCCCAUAGAGCAAGUAGUAUGUAAUCCACAGGGCGAUGAGGAAGUGAGGACGAUAUUCUGGUUUUCCACUCUCAGACUGUACAUUCCACAGGGUGCUAAUCCUGAUCACCUAGUAGCAGACAUCCUUGUGACAUCGCUUUUAUUCCCUUUUACUUAUGCUUCUAGUAGUGUAGACCCUCUUGGACACCUUUUGCACUUUCUUUUCUCAUCCUUUCAAGAUCUGAUUCAGAAGGUCAGCUGAGAACUCGCUAUUCGUCUUCAAUAUGGAGAAUGCCGCAGAAGAACGUUCAACGAGCUUCGACGAAGCAGAUGCAGCCACUUUGGCUGGCCAACCUGGCACAACAUAUGGCCAGUGUCACAGUUUGAUUUUUGCCCUUUUUCAUCUGUGAACAUUUUCAAUAAGAAGACUUUCCCCUCAAUAGCCCACCACAAUGGCCCCUGCAGCCUCUCAUUGCACUAGGAUAGGUGCUCUUUUUGGGGUCAAAAACAUAUUCAUGUUCAAUCAUGCUCUCGUUGGUCGUCAUUGGGCUUAUUACUCUCCUUCGGACUACUCCAGUUUUCAUCUGCUUCCUGACGUUUAGAGCCUCCGGUUAACAAAUCAAUGUCCAUGAA